AUGUAAUAAAAUGAGAAUAUGUAAUAAGGUUUUAUGCGGAGGACAGGAUAUUUCAUUUCCGGUAGAAAAUCAACACAUGAGAUCGACCCAGAAUGAAUGCUCCGCCAACUUUUGAAACGUUUCUCCUUUUUGACGGAGAGAAAAAGAUAAAUAUUGAAAAAGACACAAAGGUUCCUAAUGCAGCUCUCUUCACAGUAAAUAAAGAGGAUCACACAUUGGGCAACAUGAUCACUGCUCAGCUACGUAAAGAUCCUCAGGUCCUGUUUGCAGGCUAUAAAAAUCCUCACCCUUUGGAACAUAAAUUUGUGGUGAGAAUUCAGACAACAGCUGAAUAUUGUCCACAGGAAGCAAUUACAAAUGCCAUCACCGAUCUUAUUUCUGAAUUUUCACUCUUAGAAGAACGCUUCAGGGAGGCUGUACGAGAAUUGAAGGAAGGUGACAUUUGAAUGUUAUGGACAGAGUAAUUGGAGGAAAGAAGGCCCAUGGCCAGUUGAAAGAAAGAAGAAUGAAAAAUGGACAAUAGCAGUGAAACAGAGUGAAAAUGAUAGAAAGGAGAAUGAACAAAAGUCAAUGUGCUCGCUAAAUCACAUGUAGAUAUUUUCCAUUACAUCAUACAUCAAAGA